AUGUGGGAGUUCCGGUCCAUGAUGUUCUGGCGGGCGGUGUUCGCCGAGUUCUUCGGCACCAUGUUCUUCGUGUUCUUCGGCAUGGGGGCGGCCCUGCGCUGGACCAGCGGGCCCUACCACGUCUUCCACACGGCGCUCUGCUUCGGCUUCGCCGCGGCCACCCUCAUCCAGUCCAUCGGCCACAUCAGUGGCGGCCACAUCAACCCAGCUGUCACCUUUGCCUACCUGGUGGGCUCCCAGAUGUCCCUGUUCCGUGCCGUCUUCUACAUCUGCGCCCAGUGCUUGGGUGCUAUGGCUGGCGCUGCCGUGCUCUACGGAGUCACGCCCACUAACAUGAGGGGCACUAUGGCACUCAAUACGCUUCAGCCUGGCAUCAGCCUGGGCAUGGGCACCACAGUAGAGGUAUUCCUCACCAUGCAGCUGGUGAUCUGCAUCUUUUCUGUGACCGAUGAGAGGAGGAACGGACGCAUGGGCUCCGCUGCCCUGGCCAUUGGCUUCUCUGUCACCUUGGGCCACCUCAUGGGGAUGUACUACACUGGAGCUGGUAUGAAUCCGGCCAGGUCUUUUGCUCCCGCUGUCCUGAUGAGGAAUUUCGUCAACCACUGGGUGUAUUGGGUUGGGCCCAUGAUUGGCGCGGCGAUGGGUGCCAUCGUGUACGACUUCAUGCUGUUCCCCCGCAUGCGUGGCCUGUCUGAGAGGCUAGCCACUCUGAAGGGCAGCCGGUCCCCAGAGGAAGAGAACCAGCAGGAAACCCGCGGGGAGCCCAUCGAGCUCAAGACCCAAGCCCUAUAAACCUGCACACAGCUGGGGGAGCAGAGCCAGGCUCAGCCUCCCCUCCUCCAACCUGCCGGAACACUUCCCCCCCACCAAAGACCAACACCUGCCCUUCCACCCCCCUGUCAUAAACACACAUAAAAACAUACACACACUUACACUAAGUUGCACAUGCUCAUACAACGAGACUCUAAACUAAUGAACUAAUCCUAACACUGCUACACAGGGACAGGCAUGCACUGUGAUAGGCAACCAAACCUCCGAACCAACUAACACACAGUCAGACACCCCCUCAGUCUGAGGGGCAGACCAACUAAUACGCAGACUAACACAGGCACGCAUGCAAGCACACAGGUGCAGCCUAGCCUCCAGGACUGUGCUCCUGCAGAGAUCACACAGGGGGGCGCAAUAAACCUGGGGCAGAAUUCCUAUACCCCUCCAUUACGGAAGUGGGUCUGAGGGUAGGCUGUUGUGUGCUGGGUAGGCCAUCAUAAGGAAAGAGGAUGGGUGUGGGUGGUUGUAAGGUGGGGGGUGGGGUAGGGGUGGUAUUGGGGGUCUGUGGAGGGGGCAGCACUCAGAUUCUACACUCAUGACAGGGGUGAGCUAGAACAGUGAACUUGGGCAUGCUUUUUCAUUUUUUUCAUCUGAUUAUGAUCUCAUUUUUUCCAUUUUUUGUUUUCUACAAUACGAGAUGUGGAUGUAUGAUACUAGAGUUAACCAGGGUUUUAUUCUUCCAUUCAUUUUCAUUUUAUUUGUGUGUGUGUGUGUGUGUGUG